UCACUUUUGACAACAUAACCUAUACAUUUUCCCUUAAGUAAACAUAACCUCCCAAAGUUUCCGCGUCCCCCCUCAGUAUUAUUGUUGUUAUUGUCUUUAUCGGUGUAAAAAGGGGUACGAAAAUGUCUCACCCCCAUUGCCAAUUAUGGAUGGGAAGCCUGGAGUCUUUCAUGACGGAGAGUUUCAUUUUGAGCGCCUUCAGGAAAAUGGGGGAGAUGCCCCUGAGCGUAAAAAUAAUGCGAAACAAGUUCACCGGGGAGCCAGCGGGGUACUGUUUCGUCCAUUUCGCCAACGACGAGGAGGCCAUCAAUGCCAUGCACAAGUUGAACUCGAAACCGAUCCCCGGUACCAAUCCGGUGGUACGUUUCAGGCUGAAUAACGCGAGCAACAGCCAACAGAGACAGAUAAUGGACAGAGAGUUUUCGGUUUGGGUGGGGGACCUGAGCCCCGACGUGGACGACUAUAAUUUAUACAGAGUCUUUUCCUCCAAGUAUAACACUAUUAAGACGGCCAAAGUUAUUUUGGACAGCAGUGGCUUUAGUAAGGGUUACGGUUUUGUGAGGUUCGGUAGUGAGGACGAAAUGAGGGACAGUUUGAUAAACAUGAACGGUUACGCAGGAUUGGGUACUAAACUGUUGAAAAUCAGUACAGCAGUACCAAAGCCGAAAGGGCAAGAGGCCAACGGACAGGCCUCCACUGCCGAACCCAAUUACAAUUACUACGAUCCCUCCAGUUAUUGGCAGAAUUAUGCGGCAAGUUGGCAACAGCAAGGAUAUUAUGACCAGAAUCAGGCGCAGAUGCAGCAGGCCUACGUCCCUCCCCAGGAGCAUAAGAAGGAAGACGAUUUAGAGCUAAUCGAACACUCGGGACCUCUGGACGUGGACAAAAUGAACAGGGAGAAAAUCGACCAGGACAGUAACUUUUGGGACGCCCUCGAGAGCUCCAAAUGGGUCCCGUGUGAGGUCAUAGAGUGAUGUCUUCGAGAUUUACUACUCCCCAACUGUAUGUAUGUUCGGACUGAUAUAAGGUUUCCCUGAUGAGACCUGGAAGUAAGAAACUUUCAAGGUAAAUAGGCAUUCCCUUAUACUAUCUAUUUGGAAAUUUUUGUAUUUGUAAAAGCGUUUUUUAAUUAAAUAAUUAUGUGAUA